AUGCAUAACAACAUAGAUGAGAAGCAUCAUGAAUGUGAUAAAUGUAAGAAGUCAUUUUCACGGAAAAGUCAUUUAAAGCAACAUGUGCUUAUCCAUAACUGUCAGAAACUAUAUACAUGUGAUAUAUGUAGCAAGUCAUUUGGACUGAAAGUUUAUUUAUCAAAACACAUGGUUGUUCACACUGGUGAAAAACCACAUGCCUGUAGUAUAUGUGGUUGGUUAUCUGCACGAAAAGAUCACAUAAAGCGCCACAUACUUAGUCAUACUGGUGAAAAGCCAUAUGUAUGUGAUAUAUGUAAGAAAUCAUUUACAUCAAAAAGUAAUUUAACAAAACACGUGUUUACCCAUAGUGGUGAAAAACCACAUAUAUGUAGUACAUGUAGUAAAUCAUUUGCACAUAAGAGUUAUUUAAAGGCCCAUAUGCUUGUUCAUACUGUUAAUAAAUUACGUGAAUGUGCUAAAUGUGAGAAGAUGUUUACACUAAAAAGUGACUUAGAGGAACACAUGCUUAUCCAUGCUGAUGAAAAACCACAUGCAUGUGCUAAAUGUGAAAAAUCAUUUGCUCUGAAAGAAGACUUAAAGGAGCACAUGUUUUCCCACACUGGCAAGAAACCUUAUAAAUGUCAUACAUGUGGCAAGUCAUAUAUACAGAUUUCCCAUUUGAAAACACAUUUGCUGAGCCAUACUGGUGAGAAACCAUUUGCAUGUGAUAUGUGUAGGAAGUCAUUUACUGUGAAAAGUAAUUUAAUGAGUCAUGUAUUAAUCCAUACUGGUGAAAAACCACAUGAAUGUAAUAUAUGUAAGAAGUCAUUUACACAUAAACACCACUUAAAGAAACACAUGUUGAGUCAUACUGGUAGAAAACUACAUGAAUGUGAUAUAUGUAAAGAGUCAUUUAUACAGAAGCAUCUUUUAAAGAAGCAUAUGUUGAUCCAUACUGUUGAGAAAACCAGUGAUUAA